AUGAAAAGUAAAUAUUUAAAUUCUAAAAAUCAAAUAAUUGGAAAAUCAUUAUGGUUUCAUUCAUUUUUUUUAUAUUUUAUAUCAUUUUGGAUGGGUAUAAAUAACAAUAAAAACAAUAAUAAUACAGUAGAAACGGGUUAUCAUUCCUACCAUCCAUAUAGUAGAAAUAAUAAUAAUAAUAAUAAUAAUCAAAUCCAAAGCUCAACUUAUCAAUUUCCAUCAGCAAUAAACGAACAGAACUUUAUGUUUGAAUCAUUUCAAACGUCACAAUACCUACCAGCACUUCCCAAUCCUCAACCACAACAAAACUUAAUCCAAAACCAAUAUCAUAUACAAAACCAAUAUACCUAUACAAAACCAAAAUCAUCUACAAAACCAAUAUCAUCUACAAAACCAAUAUCAUCUACAAAAUCAAUAUCAUCUACAAAAUCAAUAUCAUCCACAAAUACUACAAUCUCAACAACAACAACAACAACAACAACAACAACAACAACAACAACAACAACAACAACAACAACAACCACACCUACUUCAAACUCUACAACCGAUAUUAAUAGUUCCUCAAAACCAUUCAACACAGUUUGA